CAGCACACUUCCUGAAAAAAACUCAACAAGAAAACUGCUCCACAAAUAUCUGAAGAAAAUAUUUGAAGAAAAUAAGAAAAUGGAGGACACAAACAGUUGGGAGGAAUGGGACCUCUCAGGACAAAAACUCAAGUCCAUUCCUCGAAAUCCUCUAACACAUGUAAGAAGUGUGGAUUUGCAGAGGAACAGACUGAAACGGGUCAUUGGCAUCUCCAGAUUUUCGCACCUGAUGGAGCUUAAUCUCUCCAGGAACAAGAUAAUGGAGUUUUCUCAGGAAAUGCAAAACCUGCACAAGCUAGAGACCCUCUACAUGAACCAGAACAACAUCAGGUCCAUUCCCGAGGGAAUCUUCCCACAUCUUAAGAAUUUAAAGUUCCUAAAACUCAACUCCAACCGCUUGGCCAAGCUUCCGUCAGAUAUAAACCAGUGCACCAGUAUCAGUCACCUAGACCUUUCCCACAACUGCCUGCAAGACAUCCAACCACUAGUUGGUCUUCCAAACUUAAAAGAGCUUUUUGUUGAGAAGAACCAGUUGACCAAACUCCCAUCCCAGCUCUUCCAAAAUGACAGCUGUGAGCUGACUGUGUGCAAGGCCGGGGGAAACCCGCUGAGGUACCCACCAGAGGAGGUCUGUGCUGGAGGGGUCAUGGAUAUUCAGAGCUACUUCCUUCAAAUGGAGGCGAACCCAAACACGCACAGCGCCUGGACAGUCAAGACAAUGUUUCUGGGCUGCUCAAUGGCAGGGAAGUCCACACUCUGCCGCAGCUUGAGGGAAGGCAAGCCUGUGGCCGUGGCAAUGGAGGACCGGACAGAGGGAAUUGAGAUAAGUCAACUCUACACCCAGGAAGUCAGAUUCCUUUUCUGGGACUUUGCAGGCCAGGAGGAGUAUUACCUGACACACCAUGUCUUCAUCACACCACGGGCCCUUGUCAUCCUUACUAUUGACUUAGCCAGUUACAGCACAGUAGACCCACAUUCAUUCAAAGACCAGCUGUGGUUCUGGAUAAACAACAUACAGUUGCGUGUGCCAAAUUCGGUGGUGCUGCUGGUGGGAACACACUGCGACCAGUGCAUAGACCAGGAGGAGGUGAUGGAGAAGAAGAAAGACAUAGAGGAGAAGGUCAAAGCCAUGUUGGCACACAGGAGGAUGGUUUUAAAACAACAAAGGAACAACCUGGAAGAAAACAUGGACCUGUCUCUCUUCAUAGACCAGGCCGAUGAGCUGGACUGUCUUUUGGAAUACAAUUUGAAGGUUCUGGAUCUUGUGACUGUUGACUGCACAAAAAGUGAGGAUAUUGAAAAACUUAAAAGUCACAUUUUGAUGUGCAUUCAAUCAGAGGGGGUGCUUCUGUGUUCCGAGAGCAUCUUACCAAAAAGUUAUGAAGAAGUGGAGCAAGCCAUCCACACACUUGUCGCACUAGAGGAAAUUCCCAAACAUGGCAUUAUUCUGCUCGAAGAACUGAGUGAUUUAAUUCUCGACCAUGUAGAACUAAGCAGAGAGAAUCUCCAGUCCAUCCUCAGGUUCCUCUUGCGAUACAUGCAUCGGAUUGGGGUGAUCAUUUGGUACGAAGAUAUCGGUGUACUCAGUGACAGAGUGUUUAUCCAGCCUUCAUUCCUCAUCUCGAUGUUCAAGACCAUUGUGAGGCAUGACCUCAUACAGCAGCUGGAGGGGGUUUCCAGAGAGCUGCUCAUGCAGGAGGGGGCUCUGGUGAAACAGAAGUUCACCUGGGUGGAUGACCUGAAGUGCAAAGGCGUCCUGCACAAUGCAGCAAUACGCAUCUUGGUCCGCAGAGAGAUAGAGAAACUGGCCGUGGACGAUGAUGACCUAGUCAUAGAGGUGGUGGGAACCAAAAGGGAGGAAGGCGUAAUACUCACCCUGCUGCAGCAUUUUGAGGUCUGCCUCCCCACUAUUGAUGGAAACCUUCUGGACCCACAAGCACCAGAGUUCAUCCCUGGUAAGCAAAAGUGGGGAUCGGUCAAGGAGGCCAAGAGGGAUCCAGAUGGAGCAUGUCUCUUCCCAAUCUACCUAAAGGAUGACUCCAUAGUAUGCCACAAGUGGGGAGAGGACAAACAGGAUGACAUCAGGGUUCACGUGUACUUCCUCCCUGAGAUUCCUCACGGCUUCUUCCACAGAGUGAUCAUCAAGACGUGCUCCCUGUACCCGUCUCACUGGGUGGGGAGAGAGCAGUGUCUCCUCUGCUGUGGAAACAGACUGGCUGUGGUGAGACAGAAGAAUAAAGAUGGAGACCCAUUCAUUGAGAUACGCUGCAGGAGACCUGAAAAGAAUGAAGAGUUUCGGCAGUUGUGGGAUCUGAUCUUGGCCGUGAUGUCCAAGCUGUUUGUGCUGUCCAGGCAGUGGCCGGGACUGACUCAGCAGGUGCACACACCUUGUCCAGAGAGAGACUGUCCACACUAUUUCACCUGGAGGGACUUGCAGGAGCUCAACAACAUUGACUUCUACAACCUCGUGAAGGAGGAGAAAUUAGUUUGCCAGGGAGGCCAUACACGACGGACAGCACUGAUUUUUCCAAAAGAUAAAUAAAUGUCUGUGUCUGUGUAAGGUAAAGAGGCAAAAAAAAAGUUGUGUCGUAUUUACUUUAAUCUUUAGUUAAAGUUUUGACUUCAGUUCCCAAAACAUGUAAAACUGAACUUUUAACAGCGUUUUAUUUUUUUGUGAUUGUUCAGAAAUCAAAUAAAUGUGGUAUAA